UGUCAACACACAACAAUUAUUUCAGCCCUUAGUGUUUUUUUUUUAUAACUCAGUAGACUGGUCAAAUAAAUCCCAAAUCGAACGGCUGGCAACCAUUAAUAAAUACGGAAGAAACCCGAAAAAAAGUUCAUUUCCAAUUCUCAAAUUUCAAUAAUAGACAUUUUUGUGAAAUGGCCAGUGAAGCUGAUAAGAACGCUCCAGCUGGCGAGGCCCAACCAGACAACAUCCUAAUCGAGCAGCCAAUCGAAAUCAGCUCGGAUUCUGACAGCGAUGACAGCGGCAGUGUCCGUGCAGAAUCGAGUUCAGAGAGCAAUGUUAACAUUGUUAACUCGCUGAGCGACAGCGACAGUGAUUUGCAGUCGCAAGAAGAAGACACGCUGGAGGAUGAUUUUGCUGUGCAACUGGCCAUGCCGGGAAAAAAUUACAAACAGUUCAUGGAACUGUGCGUGACAGCAUUCGAAUUGAAUGUCUUUGAGAAGAUUGAGAUGGCCAUCACAGAGUUCGAUCAGCAUUUCGUUAUACCGCCACAUAUCUGGCUCAAAUAUCUUAAGGCCCUAAAGGUGGUCACCCAAACACCAGCGGAGUGCGCAGUCUUUCAUAGUAAAUGCGCCAGAGCCCUAUCCAGUCGCUAUGAUGAACCACUUGCUGAGUUUGUUGUGAAGAGUUUGCUUGAGGAGCAACUGGUGGAGCAGCAUUUGAUGUGGGCCAAGGUACUGGCUGAUUAUGGGCUAGAGCGUGUUGAUUUCAUCAAGGAUUUGCGUGAAGCGCUGGGCUUGCUAUCGGAUCAGGAGGAAAUUGAGUUGGUUGAGAAAACGAUGUGCGCCCAGUGUGUCACCUGGAAUUGCAACGAGGAACAGUUGGAUUCGAUUGAGCAGCUUAUUGUUGACUUCAAGAACAGAUUAUAUUGUAGUAGCACAGCCUUGAUGCUGGACAGUUACAUCUGUAAGGCAAACACUUUGCGCAUCUCGACGAAAAUCAAAUUAACUUUGGGCAAAUACUUUUACGAGCGGGGUCUGGCCAAAUAUCCCACUAAUUCUAACCUCUGGUUGGAUUACAUAGCAUAUAUGUCGAAGCCGUUGGAGUUUAACGACAAAGAGGAGAUCCACUCGGCGAUAAACGAUGGCUAUUUGAGCAGCAAGCCCCUCCAGCUUAUCGAACGCGCUCUGCGUACAAAGCCAACCAUCGAGAUCAAUCACAAGUAUUUGCAACUGAUGGAACAUUAUGAUUUCAGCUUGGAUCGUAUUGAUAAGAAUCUGAACCGACUGUUUGAGCGCAUCAACCAGUUUAUAAAAAUGACCGUUGAGCUGCAUCUCGACUAUUUGGCCUAUCGAGUGCGACAGACCAACGUUGACGAUAAAGAACAGGUGGAUCAAUUGCGCGUCGCAUUCCGUGUGGUUUGGAAUCGUCUCUCCAUACAAUAUGGCGACCAAGCAGACACUAGCUACGAAGUGCUCCAGCUCUGGGCAGCGGUCGAGUAUGCAAAGUUAAAAAGUCCAAGCAAUGGCGCCGCCAUCUGGUCCGAAAUACUGAAUUAUCCGGGCAGCGAUGUUAAGAGCCACUUAUGGCUGGCCUACGCCCAAAUGGAAAGUGAAUUCAAUGGCGGCCAUAAUACAAGCGCCAUACUGCAACAGGCUCUAUUGUCGCUAUCAAGGCCAUCAAAUCUAGAUGCCGUGUUGGAGCUCUAUCGGUGCAAGGAGCGUUGCUUUGGCACCUUCGAGACCAUUGCGAAGUGUCAGUUGUAUGGUGUGCCGUACACCUGCAUGGAUUCUAAAUUCAGUGCGCCGUGGCAGCAUCGAGCGCAAACGCCUUACCAAAAGCCAGGCAAAAAGCCCACACAACAGGCAGCCAAUAGGGAGAUUGUGCCGACAACCAAGAAGGAGAAGAAACAAAAGAAACCACCGCCACCAACACCAGCAGCAACAACAGCAACUUCAAAUGAGUCAAAAGAGUCCAACUUUAAGUAUUCAUCAAGCUUGGAACCCAAUAAGAUUUUUAUCAAGAACUUGUAUCCCCGCUGCACCACAAUGGAUUUGACCGCGGUAUUUGCAGCAUUUGGUUCUAUUCAGGAUGUGCGUUUAGUACGCAAACCGAAUCGCAAGGCAAAGUUGAUUGCGUACAUUGAGUAUGACAAUCCGGAGGCGGCUCAAGAGGCAGUCAUCUCUGGCGAUGGAGUCAAUAUUGGCGGUCUAAACAUUGAAGUUUCCAUUUCGAAUCCGCCGCCCAAAAAUUUUCCUAGCACAUCCACGUCAGCAGCAGCAGCAUCUGGAUCAUCAAAAUCAUUAGGAGCUGCUUCAACGACAAGACCAGAAAAGCGGGGCUCCCAAACAACACUAAUACCCACCCAGCUGUUAAUGCAGGACGCAAAGCGUCGCAAGAAACUGGAGCUUGAUGAUGAUACUGGCACCAACAGCACAGAUGGUGGGGAUGCCAAUGGUACAAAAUGCGGCGGCGAUGCGGCCAAUGGCAAGGAGAGCGUUGCUAAUAAGGAUACAGAGGCUGCCAAAGAGACAGAACAGCCGGCGGUUGCUCCAAAGUCAAACGAUGACUUUCGUAGACUCUUUAACAUAUAGAAUAUGUAUAAGAAAUUAUCGAUCAAUUUUUAGAACCACACUUAUCGCUCUAUGGGUAUGCUAGUCCAUACAAAUUUCACUUCUAAGUUAUAUAUAUAAGUUCCUUUACACAAACACACACACAUCCACACAUGCAAACGAAUUGAAGACACUCGCGAAUUUAAUGGAUACGAAUAUAUAUAUUUUAUAUAAUAUCCAUAUAUUUCUAUCGCGCUCUCCU